GUGGCUCAAGAACCAUAUUUUUUUUUAGUUUUGUUUCCAUUCUAUCACUCCAAAACUGCAUACGUCUUUUCCUAUUACCUUUCCACUAGAAGCUCCCCUGUUUUCAAGAGCAGUUUUGCUAAACAACCACCCACACCUCCUUCAAGUAUCCAUCUCUCUCUCCCUCUCUCUACUUUUUUUUCACUCUCUCUCUCUUACUCUCUCUCUCUCUCUCUCUCUCUCUCUCUCUCUCUCUCUCUCUCUCAUGGCAGGAAACAGAAGUGCUGAGACCAACAACAAUGGCGGCGGUGGAGCUCUGAACCUGGGGGCGCCUGCACCGCAGAUCAACAGAGAGGCAGUCGCUGAUCCGCCUCGGGUGGUCAAGUACUGGGAGUGCAAGCGCAACCAUGCAGCCCCCAUCGGCCGCUACGCGGUUGAUGGGUGCGGAGAGUUUCUGAAUACUGGCAACCGCGGAACCCCAGGCUCUCUACUCUGCGGCGCAUGCGGGUGUCACCGGAGUUUUCACCGCAAGGAGAUGCCACCCAUCACAUCCCGCAGAGCCAGUACAGCACUCCGCCUCCGGCAUCUCGCUGCAGCGGCUGCCACCAACCCGCAUUUUCCUCCUCCACCGCCAGCCUCGCCUCAGCUGCCGCUGCCCGUGGAGGGAGGGGAGGUGGAGGAGGCAGAGACAGCGAAGCUAACUAAGCGACGGAGGAGCAAGCUGACGAGGGAGCAGAAGAUAAGGCUGCUGAAGUUAGCGGAGAGGUUGGGAUGGAACUAGCUACCUGGCAAGCUGCUUGCUGCAGAAACCCUAAUCUUCACAAGGGAGAGGGAUAUGAUUACAUGGUAGUUUUGGGGUCACGUGGCCUUUGUUAUUGGCAGGUUAAACCAAUUAGAAGGUGCCAUGUCUUCAUCAAGGAAAUUAACGUUGAGGUACCCUUGUGGAGGAGAAGUUAUUAAUUAGGUUUAGCUAGCUAUUAGGGUUUUGUUGUGUGAUGGGCUAGCUCUUUCUUAGUUUGUUUGGUGAGUAAUUAAAGAGAGGCCAGUUCAGCCUGUCUUCUUUCUCCUCGUUUCAAGUGCUAAACUUUCUUGGCUGUUGAAGACGUUUUGGCGUUUUUAGUAA